AUGUCAGAAAUAACUUCGAAUUAGCCUCAACUUGAGUCUCAAUUCCUCUAUGAAUUAGUGAAUCAAAUCCCAUAACCCAUUAUCCAAAAUCAAUCAUCCCAACAUGUGAGCAUCGAUCCACCACCCAUACAAACACAUGAUCAAUUACCAUAAACCAAUAACACCACAGAACCCAUAGUACAAUAACCCAUAUAAGAAGAUAACACAGAUCCCCAAGAUCAAAUACAAAAUCAAGCACAACUUUAACAUCCAUAACCAAGUACAAAUCAAGAACCCUAAUAAUAAGAAGAUUAGCUCAUCCCUCCUAGGUAGGAAGUCAAUUCCCUUGUAAUAUUGGCUGCAUUGGAAAGCAACGAUGAAGAUAAAAAGAGUUAAGAAGAAGCAGACUGCAAAUUACUUUAUAAAAAAUAGAGACAAACUUCUAUUAUUAUCGACGAUGAUAUUUAAGAUGAUAAAACCACUCCUAAAAAGACAGCAAAGAAUGAAAAAAACAAUGUUCUAUCCCCCCAACAAGAUGAUCCCUUGGCCAACUCUUAGAAUGAUUCUGAAAAGUAAGAAGUUGUCUUGCCUCCGCCCUCCCAAAGAUCCUCCGAAGAAAUACAACCUGAAAUCUAAAAGCCUUUUGAAAACAAGACUGCAGAAGACAAAUCUUCUCUGCUAGACCAAAUGUUAAAGCCGGAACCUGCCUUGAAAAAAACAUAGAAAGAAUUCUUCUCCUUUACUCAACCUGUCCACCCCACUACAGUUCCAUUGACAACCUAAAAAAAGACCAAGAAUCCUAUUGUCAUUGAUUCUGAUGAUGAACUUCCACCACCUUCUAAUAUCAGCAUUCUAAAGCAAAAGAUCGAAGAUACUACUCCCUCCUCGUUCUUCAGAAAAAAGCCUGUUGAAAACCAGACUCCCAUUGAAGUGGGAGAUAACGACAACUUCUAAUCUCAAUAGGUUGACAAAUAAUAAAAAAUCACUUAAUUAUUGUAAUAGCCUAUUAUACCUGCUCAAGUGUCAAAUAAACCAUUGAAUCAGCAAUAGAGAAAACAUCAAGCCUUAUUGGAAGAGAUAGUUUAGGAGGAUGAUGGAAUAGUACAAGAUAUAGAGAAUUAAGAUUGGACUUUAUUUAGUCAAUUAAAUAACAUGGUACCGCCUAAAUUUUCUGGUUAAUUCAGAAUGCUGGAAUACAAAGACAAUCCUCAGGACAUGAUCAGACUCCUUUUUGGCGAAACCAGAUUCAAAGAUCUAAUGAAAACUUGUCAAACAAGUGAGCCAGAAUUCUGGUUAUACCUAGGAACUAAGUUAAUCAUGGGGUACAUGAGACUGCCAGAUAUUAAUGAGUAUUUCUAUGGAGAAGAUUGGAUUGCAGGUGGUGGUAUUAAAUCUAUAAUAACCCAACAGCAAUUUGAUGAUAUAGAUUAGAAAGUGGAAAUCAUCUAACCAAAAAUAUAGACAGAAUCUUAACUAGCAGUUAAAUUGGAGUUCAAUGCUCAAUCAUUCUUCAGAUAAGAGUUUCUGCCUUAAUUUACAUAGGAGUUAAAUGAUCGAUUCAAGAAAUUGAUAUUGCCAGGACAGGAACUCUUUUUAAUAUCAAAUUUCUACACUAUCAUCUAUUCAACCAAGAUUCAAUGGUAUCAAUUAAUAGAUAAGGAAUCUGGCAUAAUUCUGUAACAGUUCUUUUGGGCAACUCCAAUUAAUAAGGCAUUGGAUCUGAAUAGUCAUCGAGAUUUGCAAAAGCGAUUGAGGAUGAUGUUUGAACCGUAUCAUCUAGGGAGACACAUUGUUUAUAGUCAGGGAUUACUCAAUGCCGAAUCAGUCUUGCAAUUAUAUUAAUAGAAGAUAUUUGUUUGCACUGAUCUCAUGUAGCAUUCAUUGUUGCCUCAUCCACCAACUGGAGAUCAAUAGGUAGUUUACUCAUCCAAAAACAAAGAACCUAUUUAUUUAUGCUAUAAGAAUCAACAAUGGAUCACUUGUGUUUCAUUACAGUCCCUCCAAAUGAGAAGCCAAUAUUUAUAAGAGUUAUCGUAAUUGCAAUUCACUGAAGAGAAGAUAGCCAUCCAACCAUCAGAACCUGAAAACACUUCAAUCAACUCAAAUUCUAAGAUCAUCUUCAUCUUUGUUAUUGAGUCCAUCUUACACAAUAUUCGAAUCCUUAAAAAAUAAGAAAUUAAGACAUUCAGAACUGAACUAGCUCUGCAACUGAUUAACAAAGUCAUUGAUUAUAAGAAUCCUAAACCUUUGCUCAGAAAAGAUGGCUCACUCUAAGUAGAUAGAUCUUGUCAAACUGAUUAAACCGUCGGAAUAGUCAAUGAUCAAUUAUAUCAUUGUCCCAUACACAAUGGAAAUGCCAGAUGCCAAGUGUGUUUGAGUAAGAGCAUCCUCUCCAAAACUACUGCUUCUUGUUUAGGGUGCAAUAAAGUUCUUGGGACCAAUAUUUUUCUUUGCAUCUAUCCAUGUUUUCGAUUGUUCCAUCUCAAUCCCAAACUAUAUCUCAAAGAAGGCAUGUACUAUCAAAUUGUCUGUGGAUAUGAUCAAUACGACUAGGAUUAAGAGGAUGAAGAAGUCGAUCAACAAUUUCUUGAUGCCAAUCUCAGAUUCAAACCAGACACUUCAGAACUAGAUUCCAUUUAUGCCAAAUCAUAUCAGGAUUUCAAGAAUAUGAUACCAAUCAAUUACGAAGACAAUUAUCACAAGAAAACUACUAUUGUUGUUAUUUAAAGAGAAAAAGGGGGCAAUCGCAGAGGAGGUGGUAGACCCAAAGCAUCCAGAUAGUAAUUGCAGUCCGCAUAGAAUCAAGCAGCAUAAGCCGAAUAAGGAAAUUAGGGCGAUACUCAGGAUGCACCAAAGAAAGUAAGAAAGUAGAAUAAGAAAGCAUUCAACGCACCACAAUAAUAAGGACAACCUGAAAAAGAGACCGAAUAGGCUAGUAGUGCUAUGUUUGAUUUUUUCAGCCAAGUCAGAAAACAAGCUUACAAGAAACAAACAUAACCAUGA